AUGGCAUCCGGGAUGACCGCCGGAACGGCUCUCGUGGAGUUCGACGACGUCAAGCUGCCGGCUAACCAUUUAAUGGGCGAAGAAGGUAAAGAUCUAAAAGUGAUAAUGAGCAACUUUAAUCACGACAGGUUCUCCAUGAUCUGCUUCACGACUAGGUGGAUGAGAAGGAUCACAGAAGAAUGUUUCAAAUGGACACAUCAACGGCGCGUCUUUGGUAAAUUACUGGUCGAUCAGCCUGCUAUCCGACAGAAGUUAGCCCGAAUGAUAUCCAUGACCGAAGCAUGUCAGAGCUAG